AUGAAUUGUACGGCUCUCAACUGCCCAUUUGAGGCUGAAUAUUUUUGUUCAUGUGACAGUAAAUGAACAAUGCUGUGCAAAGAGCAUGUCUAUUAUCAUAUUGGAGAUUUGCAUCAGCUAAGCAAUCUUUACUAUUUCCCAAGCAUUGAUGAAAGGAAUGAACUCGCCUCAAAUUUAUGUCACAAAAUUAAAGAUUUAGAAGCACAAAAAGCCAAUAAAAUAAAAGAAAGCUAUAUUGAGCUCGAAAAGAUCAAAAAUAACCUUAAAAACAUUGUAGAUUAUAUAGACAAAGAUAUAUCAAACCUCUAUGAUUUCUUAACGAAAAUAUUUGCGGCUCCGAAAUAUUCAAGGUUUGAUAAAAUCUGCAGUCUAUUUAAUUCCAAUUAUGAGGACACAAUGAAAGCUCUAAAAGAAGAUAAAUUUAUAAAUCCACAGAAUUAUUCUACUGAAAUAAUCCCAAAUUUUUUAUAUUUUGACAAUCUAUUAUGCCAAGAUUUGUCAAAUUUACAAAUAGCUCUAAAUGAAGGGCCUAAAAAAAGUAUAUUUGCAUAGAAAAUUUUCUAGAUUUUUUCUUCAUAAAUUGUUUUUGGACGAGCUAGUAAGGAAAAAUUUAAUAAGGGCAGAAAAAGUUAUCUGAUCAAAACUUGGCGAAAACGGAGAAUUUGUUCCUUAUAGCCAUGCUGAAAAUGAAAGAAUUGAAAAUGAUUAUCAAAAUGGACAGGAUCGCUCUUAUAUAGAGACAGUAUAUAUAAGAUUGCCAGUGAGCAGACCAUCCUCCUUAUGAGGGUGAUUUAUAUAUACCCGGAUGUAACCGCAAGGUGAGAGAUCAAGCACAAUUUUUUCUAAUUUAUGGAGAAACUCCCAGAUAUGGGUUGUGUGCCUAAAGAGGCAGGACAAUUAACUUGUCUAGCUGCUUAGUGGCCUUUGCCCCAAAUGCCAGAGGCAGUUGAUUUUUUUCUUAGAGCUAAUCCAUAAGGAAAAGGGAAGGCAGGCUUGAUAAGAUUUCUAGAAGGUGUUCUCUCGAAUUGAAAAUAAAUUAAGUUAUUGCGAUCUGGCUAGCCCCUAAGUCAGCUAAUAGGGCUUUGGAGUUUAAAUAAUAUUACUCUAAAAAUAUCCGUCUCAGAUAAAGGGCUCACUUGGAGGGGAUUCAGCCCAGACUCUAAAAUUCUUAUAUUUGAUCAUCUCAACUAUACCCGUGGCUGUGCUGCUACGGAGAGUUCAUACGUAGUAACUUUAAACAAAUUUGCUUAACCUAAUUAUAUAGGAGACAGAAACAGCCAAUGCUACGUAAAUUUAAAAUGUCCAAAAAUCGAAGUCCAAGAAAUAACAAGAAAAGCUGUAGCAGUUAUCAGGAAUGAUGGCUCACGAAUAUCCGAUUCGAAUAAAAAUCUAAACUCAACUUUUGAAAAACAGUGGUAUUUUAAAGGCGAUAAAGGAUGGGAAAAAAUGACUUCAGAAGCUUCAAGAGUAGCUGAAUGGGCACUUGACAAUAAUAUUCGUGAAGUUUGAGUUCAAAAUCGUAACUCGUAUAAAAUUUAUGUAAAUGAAAAAAAACAAAUCAAUUUACAAACAAAUUAUAAACGAGAUAUCAAAAGAGGACGCAGCUUAGAAAAUAAAAAGAAAACUACUGAUAAUACAGAGAGAGUUAUGAUACCAAGAAGUGGCUACAGGAGUAGUAGUUCGACUCUAAAUAAAGGCUAUCAAACUGAUGAAGUGUCUAUAAAUUCAGAUUUCAACCUCCCUUGAUUUACUCCUAUUACUCCUAGGAAUAAUUAUAAACUUGAUAAGUAA